AUGUCUGCAGCAAACAAUAGUCCCAUCGGGUUGAUUUUGUUGGACCGUGACGGGGUGAUCAACGAGGACGUGGGGGCACCUGGAGUGAUUGAUCCACAACAAUUGGAACUGACACAUAAGGCAGGCACUGCCAUUGGCAAUUUGAAGCGAGCCGGAUAUCCCGUGGUACUGAUUACCAAUCAAAGUUGCGUGGGGAAACAAUUGAUUACCGAACAAGAGCUCUACCAAGGGAUUCUCCCACGUCUCCAACAACUGCUGCUAGCACAAGAUCCAGACGCCACUUGGGAUCAUGUCUUUUGUUGUACAACCACUCCUGAUGUACCGGAUGAACGACGCAAACCAUCUCCGGGAAUGAUACUGGAAGCCUGUCGGCAAUACAAGGUGGAUCCAUCUCAGACGGUCUUUGUGGGCGAUACCCUGACGGAUCUGCAAGCCGCCACGCGAGCUGGAGUUCCUGUCAAAAUCUUGGUUUCCACGGGGUAUGGCAGUGGUAUUGUGCAACAGUAUUAUUAUGGCGGCGGUAGCAAUCCACCAAACCAAGAGCAUGACGAGAAUGAUCCAGUUCAGCAAACACCACGAGUGAUGGAAUGCAGCCAACAAGAACAAGAACAAAAUCAAGCCUUGGAUAGCCCACCCGACAACGAUAGAAAAGUAGCACUGCAAUCAGUGAUGCCUUUUCUCUAUGUGAAAAACCUGUUUGAAGCGUCCCAAUGGAUAUUGGAACAACAAUCCACUGCGGCCACUUCAAUAACAACUGUGCAAGGCACUCGCGACUAG